AAAGCCAGCCAGCCACAUCAACGUAGUUCUGACAACAAGUCGUCGACUGCUUGCACUUUUGGAUUGUAUUUUUUACUAGCUAAAUACACAGAUGAAUAGCCUGUCGUAACAUCAAAGACAUUGUUUUACAACUAUAAAUUAAUGUUAAAACAUCAAUAUCGAUGUCAUGGAAUAGUCAGUCGCCUGUUGUUUUGAAGUAGCUAGCCUAGCGUUAAGGCUGGGUGUGUAAUGUCAGCUAGCUACGACGACUUUAGCAGUUAGCUACGUUUUUCAAAGGAAAAUAGGUUGCUACCGUUAACUAGCGAAUAAUAAACCACAAACUGGGUUGCCUGACGUUAGUUCGCUAGGUUAGUUAUCUAAAACGUUAAUCGGUUGGUUUUCUGUUAUUCAUUUGGAUGCGGAAGAUGGCCCAGUCACCGGUUGCGGUGCAAGUGCCUGGGAUGCAGAACAGCCGGACGGACCCCGAGGAGCUGUUCACCAAGCUGGAGCGUAUUGGAAAGGGCUCCUUCGGCGAGGUGUUCAAGGGCAUCGACAACCGCACCCAGAAUGUGGUGGCCAUCAAGACCAUUGACCUGGAGGAGGCUGAGGAUGAGAUCGAGGACAUCCAGCAGGAGAUCACCGUGCUCAGCCAGUGUGACAGCCCCUACGUCACCAAGUACUACGGCUCCUACCUCAAGGGCAGUAAACUAUGGAUCAUUAUGGAGUACCUUGGUGGUGGCUCAGCUCUGGACCUGCUGCGAGCAGGGGCAUUUGACGAGUUUCAGAUUGCGACCAUGCUGAAGGAGAUCUUGAAGGGCCUGGACUACCUCCACUCCGAGAGGAAGAUUCACAGGGACAUCAAAGCGGCCAACGUGCUCCUGUCCGAGUGUGGCGAAGUGAAGCUGGCAGACUUUGGCGUGGCGGGCCAGCUGACAGACACCCAGAUCAAACGGGAGACGUUCGUGGGCACGCCCUUCUGGAUGGCCCCUGAGGUCAUCCAACAGUCUGCCUACGACUCCAAGGCUGAUAUUUGGUCUCUGGGCAUCACUGCCAUCGAGCUGGCCAAGGGUGAGCCUCCCAACUCAGACAUGCACCCCAUGCGGGUCCUCUUCCUCAUACCAAAGAACACCCCACCCACCCUCAGUGGAGACUUCUCCAAGACCUUCAAAGAGUUUAUAGACUCCUGCCUCAACAAAGACCCUUCAUUUAGGCCAACAGCUAAGGAGCUUCUGAAGCACAAGUUCAUAGUGAAGAAUGCCAAGAAGACGUCCUACCUCACUGAGCUGAUAGACCGGUUGAAACGCUGGAAGGCCGAGGGACACAGUGACGGAGACUCCAGCUCUGAAGACUCUGACUCGGAGUCCAGCAACAAGGAGAAUGACUCCUCCCAGCCAGGCUGGUCCUUUACUACUGUUCGCAAGAAGAAAGACCCGAAUAAUGUUUCCAAUGGAAUGGACCAAGACCUCCUGAAGAAGUCUGCCAGCUUGACCACACUGAUCGCCCCGGUAUUCACCGAGCUGCAGCGCAGGGAUGGACAGACGAAGGGAGGGAUAGAGGAGCUGGAGAAAAACCUCCACAUGGCUGAGGACAUCUGCCCUGGAGUCACAGACAAGAUGGUCAACCGCAUCGUCGACAAGUUCCAGAGGUGAGUUAGGGGACAGCAGGGGGGGGGGACUAUAGUUAGUGACGUAGACUAGGCUAUUGGCUGGAUGGUUCUUCUGGAGAUUACAUGUUACAAUUUGGAGAUUACAUGUUACAAUUUGGAGAUKACAUGUUACAAUUUGGAGAUUACAUGUUACAAUUUGGAGCAGGUGGCCUUCAACUGUGUUUUUCUUUCUGUGGACUUUUCCAUCAGAUUUUCUGUGCGUUAGUGGCAUGUGGAGGGCAGGUUUAGACGCUUGAUAGGAACGCCUCCAGAGUGCAUCAAUCAGCCUCUAUGCCUUUUCCCCAUCAUCCCCCCAUUCCUUUUCCCACCAUCCUCCAUGCCUCUCCUCUGAUCAGCCCCCCAGGACCAUUGGAUGCAGGGAAAGAGGGAGGACUCCUGCUGUGCACACCACUGAUCUUAUAACCAAAAAUGUUUUUUUUUUCAUGUAUAUUUGUUGAAAUAUGUUUCUGCUAUUUUAUUUAACCCCUUUUUAAAGUAGGCUCAAGCUGGUGCCCAAAGCAGAGCGUGUUAAUGUUAUAUUAGUCAAUAGUAUUUAGUUUUGUAAUAUUUUAAGUCUUAAAAAAAAAAUAAAAAAAAAAAAGAUUAUAAGGACGUAACAUCAAUCUUCUGCUGAGCAUAAGACGUCUACUUAAGUCAGUUUAGUUUUCAAUUUUGAGUUCAUUUUUUUACUGCUACUAAAAAUGUUUAAGUAGUUAUAUUGUAGAUGUUCAGUGUACUGCACUUGUUUCCGAUGUCUAGCUUACCAUCUUCAUGUCACUUGUAGCAUUUAGAAACCUGCUGUUUGGAGAACUGCAUAUCUUGUCAAACCACAGGAGUUCAAUACCUCUGCUGAGAGCAGUCCGUGGGUGGGGGAAAGGCUCAGACCAGUGGAUGUCCAUAAAUGGAAACUUCUGUUCGGUGACAAUUGGAAAAGGGGGUCACUUGUUUGGGCAUUAGGAAAGACUGUAUAGGAAAUGGGAAGACUUUGCUGCGCAAAAGCUGUAUCACGCUCUCUCAUUCCAAAAGAUACAAAUCAUAUCUAUCUGAUGGGAUCUUAGCUCUAUAAGGGCAAUCCUAUUGGAGGUCUACUUCUGAAGGAAAUAUGCACUGCACACACUUUGAUGGGGGUGCAGCUUUUUCUAAAUAUGCUUGCUAGUUAUUUCCCUACUUCGACUAGAUCUCAAGGGAKACGGGGUACUUUUCUGUCUUCAAGACACUAUGCUCUCCCUCGACCAAAAAUACGUGACACGUGCUCAAGUGAAAUGGCAAUGUCGCUAUUGUAAUGUUUGAAACAUUGGUCUGAGUCCUUGAGGACUCUACGGGGAGUCGCGUCCUUUUGAACAAAUCCCAAAUAAAGAUUUUAUCAGCCAAGCUCAGACACAUACAAAAGGGUGCCAUCUUUGGUGGUGACAGAGCCCGUUUUGGAAGGGAGGGAAGUAUGCCAACUUAACAUCCAAUGGUGCCUAAAACUUAAUUGUAGUGAUAUUCUCUAUUUAAUUGUGGUCAUGUAUCAUCGAAUGCAUUAAAUAGUAAUAAUACGUUUGUGAAGGCAAUAAUGCAUUUGAUCAUUGCAUAUUUUUGUAUUUUCCUCAUCAAUUACAUGCAGAUGGAAAACAAGAUUUUUUUUUUUAUAUUUCUGUAUCUGAACUUUAUAAAAGAAACUGUUGACUUAGCUUUACAGGAAGCUGUCAAAUGUAUAUAUUGGAUAGUCUUUGCUUCAAUCGUUGCAAAAUUCAUUUUGGUUUGGUCUUGAAAAUAAAUAUUUAAAUUAUGAA